UAAUAAUUAGGGGUAGGUAGGUGACCAAUCAUCGAGGUGAAAAUAACUACAUGUAAUAGAAAAAUCCCCAACGACGAGGUCAGUUUCGUAAUUAAAUGCAGAACUUGCAGCCUUUCUUUCUCUCUCCUCGCCGACAAAAAAAGUUCUCUAUUGCUUUCCUUCCUUCCUCCGUCAAUCUUAUCACCGGCCGUCUUUAUCCCUCCGAUCACAUUCAAACCGUGACUGCUCUCGAUUUCAUUGGCCGUAGAACAAAACUGGAGCUUUAAAAGGAUUUGACUUUUUUUUGCAUUACCAUAAAGUUUAUUUGACCUCGGGGAAAGACCUUUGAAGUAUCAAUGUAAUGGAAAGUGAGAGAUUGAUCAGUUGCUGCGGGAGAUAAUAAUAAUAAUAAUAAUACAAUACAAAAGAUGUCAUGGAUGAAAGGCAAAUCAUCUGGUUGGACUGCCUUUGAUCUCAAGCAGAGACAAAGACAAGGUCACCAAAGCGAGAUUAAGGAUGAUCCAUUCCCGCCUGUUUCAACUAGUGUUAAUAAUCCACCACCCUUAGAUGUAAUGAGAGGAAAGCUGGUCAGAAGAAAUCACGAACCUUCUGAAAAGUCUUUCUCUUCCGUUCUCUUACCUCCUCCGAAGUUUCCAGCACUGACAGAGAGUAAGGAUAGCAGAAGCAAGCCUAGCCCUUUGUUGGCUCCAACGAGUCAUCACGAUUCAUCGGCCUUCAUCAAGCUGAAGGAGAUGAACAGCUGGGCUGAUGAUAGCUUGAUAAAGGAUAUAUUGUUAUCCACAGAAGAUAAUUUUGAGAUGGCCUUAGCUUUUUUGCAAGGAAUGGUUUCUACUGAUCACUCAGCAAUCAAAGGUGACAUCAAGGAAGCUGAAGAGGUUCUAACUUCAAAGAUCGAUGGUUAUUCAUCACAUAGUAGACAAUCCGAACGUAGAAUACCUGGGAGGACUGUUACAGGUACGGUGAAUAUGGCUGCAAGGUCUACAUGUGAGAAUGGUGGAAGUUCGUUUCUGGUGAAUGCAUAUGAGAGUGAAAAGCUACCUGAUGAUGAUGUUUCUGACUUAGGUAGUAUCAUUCAGCGGCUUCAGUCCAUUCCUAUAGCACCUGAAUGGGAAGAAGACGACCUCUACUUGACUCAUCGAAAGGAUGCUUUGAAAAUGAUGAGAUCCGCCUCAAACCAUUCUAGAGCUGCCCAAAAUGCUUUUAUGAGAAAUGACCAUGUUUCUGCGAAGCAGCAUUCAGAGAAAGCAAGAGAGGAUUGGUCAACAGCUGAGAAACUGAAUGCUGAGGCAGCCAAUAAGAUCUUAGGCAUAACAAACAGGAAUAACGACAUAUGGAAGUUGGACCUGCAUGGUCUCCACGCAGCAGAAGCUGUUCUAGUGUUACAAGAACGUUUGCAAAGGAUCGAACGUCAGUUCACAGUGAACCGUUCGGUAUCACCAAAUAGAGGUAGGUCAAAGAACGCAGCUCUGCGAUCUCCGUCACAAGAGCCUUGUGGUAGAUUAGAUGUGGAAGGCCUGGACCGUCAAAGAGCUUCUUCUAGAGAGCUAAGGAACUCAUUGCAGGUUGUAACAGGUAUUGGUAAACACAGUCGCGGACAUGCUUCACUUCCUCUAGCUGUGAAGACUUUCUUUGAAGAUAACAGGUACAGGUUUGAUGAGACAAGACCAGGUGUUAUCACUGUGCGGCCUAAAUUCAGACACAGCUGAAUAUAUGUUUACUUAUAUGUAACUUCAUUGUUGUUGUAUCAUAUCACCUUAAAACUUUACUAUUCAUCUUCGUAACAAAGCCGCUGUGGCUAAUUGUUUAGUGUGAUCAAACAGGUGGACAAAAUAGAAUGUAAUGUGCCUGCAGAGCAGUGAUAUUUGGAGGUGAUCAAAUGUAAUAUUAGUUGGAUUUUCAUUAUAUAAACAAGGGACAAAUAUUGUUUU